CCGCCUGCUCAAACAAACCAGCCCAGCCGCGGCGUUUCCUCUUCGCCUACGGCCGUUCCUCUGCUCACGCCUCGACCGUCACAUCUAUCUACUCCGUCUCUCUCUGUUCUUGUGCCGGCAUGGCGGAGCAGCUCAUCUCCACGGCCGUGCACCACACGCUGCCCGACAGCUACGUCAGGUCGGAGGCGGACCGGCCGCGCCUGGACGAGGUCGUGCCCGACGCCGACAUCCCCGUCGUCGACCUCGCCAACCCCGACCGCGCCGCCGUCGUCGCCCAGAUCGGCGCCGCCUGCAGCUCCCACGGCUUCUUCCAGGUGCUCAACCACGGGCUGCCGCUUGAGGUCAUGCUGGCAGCGAUGGCGGUGGCGCACGACUUCUUCCGCCUCUCGCCGGAGGAGAAGGCCAAGCUCUACUCCGACGACCCGGCCAAGAAGAUGCGCCUCUCCACCAGCUUCAACGUGCGCAAGGAGACCGUGCACAACUGGCGCGACUACCUCCGCCUGCACUGCCACCCGCUCGAGCAGUUCGUCCCGGAGUGGCCUGCCAAUCCGCCGCCCUUCAGGGAUGUCAUGAGCACAUACUGCAAGGAGGUCCGGCAGCUCGGGUUCCGGCUCUACGCCAUGAUUUCGGAGAGCCUGGGGCUGGAGCAGGACUACAUCAAGAAGGUCCUCGGCGAGCAGGAGCAGCACAUGGCGGUGAACUUCUACCCAAAGUGCCCGUCGCCGGAGCUGACCUACGGGCUCCCGGCGCACACGGACCCCAACGCCCUCACCAUCCUGAUGAUGGACGAGCAGGUCGCCGGGCUGCAGGUGCUCAAGGAAGGUCGGUGGAUCGCCGUCAACCCGCGGCCCAACGCGCUCGUCAUCAAUCUCGGCGACCAGCUGCAGGCGCUGAGCAACGGGAGAUAUAAGAGCGUGUGGCACCGCGCCGUGGUGAACUCGGACAAGCCAAGGAUGUCCAUCGCCUCCUUCCUCUGCCCCUGCAACAGCGUCAAGCUUGGCCCCGCGGAGAAGCUCAUCGGCGAGAAGUCGCCGGCGGUCUACAGAAACUACACCUACGACGAGUACUACAAGAAGUUCUGGAGCAGGAACCUGGACCAGGAGCACUGCCUGGAGCUCUUCAGAACCUAGUUUCUUUUUCUUCGAUAUAAAAGAAGCGUGCUACCCCCACGAAAACGAUAUAAAAGAAGCGUGCUACCCCCACGAAAACGGUAAGACACAUAACGAGGGGAAGCACCUUCAGAAACUAGAACCUAGCUAGACAAUGGGAGAAAAUCCGGACGGUUUUUUGCCCUUCUCGUUUUCAGUCAUCGCCACGUUUUGUGGGUCGUUAGGGGUCGUUAUUGCCACAUCCUCGUUUUUUGGCCGUGUGCGUGCAUCGGGAUGCAAAUUUCUAACGUUCAGGGGUGCCUGUGGACCCUCUUAGUUCAACCGAAUGAAGUAAAUUAUCAAAAGUGCUGUGAUGUUUGAAAUUUAGUUCAUUUGGUUGAACUAAAAAGGGUCAGGGACCCCAGCGUGCGUACCAUGAUGGAGUUUUCCCUUUUUUGCGAGGGGUACCAUGAUGGAGUUGAUAAAGGCGAAGUUCUAGUUUGAAUUAUGCGAAAAAUAUAGUACUAGUAGCUACUCUUGUUUCUUAUAAUGAUUUAUAUCUACUAGUUGUAAGAACUGAAACGGAAUAAAGGGCUGUUUUUUGUAGCUCGUACCAUUAUAUUGUA